UUCCGAGACUCGAUAAUGGCUGACAAAAAAGGUGAGAUGGUGUCCUCUCUGCCAAUGAUAAUGGCUUACAAAAAGGCCAAUACUGCUUUUCAUAUCAAGAGGACAGAAAAAGAAAACCAAGGAAACCAGAUAGAGACUUCACCAAGAUUCCCAUUUCCAAUCGCAAGCAAGAGACUGGAGUUCAUCAAGGAUCCCGUCCUGAAACUGGAGCCCACAAGCACUCAAAGGAAGAAGAGCAAGAAGACGGGCUCCCAGCCGAUACAAGUGAGAGAAGAGACACGCAAAGGGCCAUGGACAGAGCAGGAGGACAUGCAACUGGUAUGCACUGUCCGUUUGUUCGGUGAACGCCGUUGGGAUUUCAUUGCCAAAGUAUCAGGCCUCAACCGCACAGGAAAGAGCUGUCGCCUCCGGUGGGUCAACUACCUCCACCCUGGCCUCAAGCGUGGACGCAUGACUCCUCAUGAAGAACGCCUCAUCCUUGAGCUACAUGCUCGGUGGGGAAACAGGUGGUCCAGGAUAGCACGGAAGCUGCCAGGGCGUACCGACAAUGAGAUCAAGAACUACUGGAGAACACAUAUGAGGAAGAAAGCACAGGAGAGGAAGAGGAACGUGUCACCCUCAUCAUCUUCAUCCUCAGUGACAUACCAAUCCUGUCAGCCACAGACGCCAUCGAUCAUUGGAAUUGGCGACCAGGAGCUUCAUGGUGGCAAUAGCUGCAUCACAAGCAUACUGAAGGGCACGCCUGGUGACAUGGAUGGAUACCUCAUGGAUCAGAUAUGGAUGGAGAUUGAGGCACCCUCUGGGGUCAACUUUCAUGACGGGAAGGAUAAUUCAUACAGCAGCCCCUCUGGCCCUCCGCUAACAUCACCGAUGUGGGAUUACUACAGCCCUGAGUCAGGAUGGAAGAUGGAUGAGAUAAAAAUGGCCCCACAAGUUGGUCACAGUAAAGGAAUUGGCCCCAGUUAUUGAAGCCAUAUAUAUUGCAUCAGAUUACUAAGUUACUUGCAACCUAGCAGAAGUGAAAUGCUUUUGUAGAAAGAACCAUUAGCAUGGAUCUAAAAAAUAUUUAUAUCUAUCUAGCAUUCCAAGUGUGCUCAUGUUUUAUGUAUCUGCUAUGUAGUAGUAUCUAGUGUGCAAGACAUGUACUGCAAGGACACUCCCACUCUGUAUUCACGAUAUAAUCAGCUAUCCCCUGAAAGACUUUUCUAAUGCAAACAUGAUUAGCAGGUGUUA